GAGGGCGUUUCAUUGAAUCAUCAUGGCGAAUACUAAAAAUGACGAGAAUAAGUCGGAUCAAAAAACUGAAAAGAAACAUGAAAUAGACCAAGAACCAGAGCUUUCUGAAGAAGAUAAGCAGCUGCAAGAUGAACUUAAUAUGCUUGUUGAAAGACUUACAGAGUCUGAUACAACUCUGUAUAAACCAGCAUUGGAGCAGUUGCGAGCCUUAAUCCGGGCAUCAACAAGCUCCAUGACAUCAGUUCCGAAACCGCUAAAAUUCCUACGCCCUCAUUACAGCACACUGAUUAGCGUUUAUGAGAAGAUCAUUGUACCAGAAAAUAAGAAAUUUUGUGCAGACAUUAUAUCAGUUCUGGGUAUGACAAUGAGCGACACCAGGGAUUGUCUUAAAUUCCGUUUACUUGGAUCUAAAGAAGAGAUUGGAUCAUGGGGUCAUGAAUAUGUGAGAUACCUUGCUGGUGAAAUUGGUCAAGCAUGGAAUGAGCUAGAGGAUGAAAAAAAGUCAAAUGAGCAUCGAGAGAAACUACUAAACUUGACAAACGAAAUAAUACCAUACCACAUGAACCACAAUGCUGAAGCCGAAGCAUGUGAUCUGCUCAUGGAAAUUGACAGGCUGGACAUGCUAGAAUCAUUUGUGGACAAGGAUGCUUUCAGUCGUGUUUGCUUAUACCUUACCAGUUGUGUUAACUAUGUUCCUGAACCAGAGGAUUCAGCAUUGCUCCACACGGCUCUUGGAAUCUUCCGUAAAUUUGACCGUUAUCCAGAAGCCCUGCGUCUUGCUAUUCGUCUUAACGAUAUGAAACUUAUUGAAGAAAUAUUCACAACAUGCAAAGAUGGUUUACUUGAAGGGUCAUCAUUUGGACAGACAACAACACAAGUGGAUUCAGCAAGACAAAAUCUUUCAUCUUCAUUUGUCAAUGGAUUUGUAAAUGCUGGCUUUGGACAGGACAAACUCAUAACUAAGGAUGGCAAUAGUUGGAUUUACAAAAAUAAAGAACAUGGUAUGAUGAGCACAACAGCCUCCCUUGGAUUAAUUCUUCUUUGGGAUGUAGAUGGUGGUUUGACUCAGAUUGAUAAGUACCUGUACUCAUCAGAAGAUUACAUUAAGUCUGGAGCUUUACUUGCAUGUGGUAUUGUCAACUCAGGAGUCAGGAAUGAAUGUGACCCAGCUAGGGCUUUGUUGUCCGAUUAUGUUCUGCACAAUAAUAACACAAUGAGAAUAGGAGCCAUUUUUGGACUUGGUUUGGCCUAUGCAGGUUCAAAUAGUGAAGAAGUACUAGGGUGUUUACUUCCAGUAAUGGCUGAUUCUAAGUCCAACAUGGAGGUAAUUGGAGUCACGGCUGUAGCAUGUGGUAUGAUAGCUGUAGGAAGUUGUAAUGGAGAUGUAACAUCUACAAUUCUACAGACUAUGAUGGAGAAGAGCAAGCAGCAGUUAAAAGACAACUAUGCACGAUUUCUAGCCCUAGGCCUUGGGUUGGCAUACCUGGGUAAGCAGGAGUCUGUAGAUGCUACACUGGCAGCUUUAGAUGUCAUUCCGGAGCCCUUUAAACAGUUUUCUAAGAUCCUGGUGGAAGUUUGUGCCUAUGCUGGGACUGGUAAUGUUUUAAAGGUUCAACAACUCCUGCACAUUUGUAGUGAACAUAUUGAAGCAGAGAAGACCAAGGAGAAAGAGAAGAAAGAGAAAGAUAAAAAGAGUGAUGACACCACUAGUGAGUUGGCAGCCCACCAGGGUGUAGCAGUGCUAGGAAUUGCUCUAAUUGCUAUGGGAGAAGAGAUUGGUGGUCAAAUGGCAUUAAGAUCACUUGGACAUUUGCUGCGUUAUGGCGAGCCUGUUAUUCGUCGUGCAGUUCCCCUUGCUUUGGCUCUUAUAUCUGUGUCCAAUCCAGAGCUUCAGAUUCUCGACACACUUAGUAAAUUUUCCCAUGAUACGGACCAAGAAGUUUCACACAAUGCAAUAUUUGCUAUGGGAAUUGUAGGAGCUGGUACAAACAAUGCACGGCUUGCAGCAAUGCUACGACAACUUGCACAGUUCCAUGCUAAAGAUCCCAACAAUCUAUUUAUGGUUCGCAUCGCUCAAGGUUUGACACAUUUAGGUAAAGGCACUUUGACCAUGUCACCAUAUCACAGUGAUCGUCAGCUCUUAAGUCAAGUGGCUACUGCAGGUCUUCUUGUAACAAUCACGUCGGCUUUAGAUGUCAAGAAUACUAUUCUUGGCAAGUCUUCGUAUCUGCUGUAUGGAUUGGUUUCAGCAAUGAAACCAAGAAUGUUGGUCACAUUUGAUAAGGACUUGCAGCCUCUACCAGUUCCAGUCCGUGUUGGCCAGGCUGUUGAUGUGGUAGGCCAAGCUGGUAGACCAAAAACUAUCACCGGCUUUCAGACACACACUACACCAGUCCUACUGGCCCAAGGAGAACGAGCCGAAUUAGCUACUGAAGAAUAUAUACCAUAUACACCAAUUGUUGAGGGUUUUGUCAUUUUGAAGAAGAAUGAAAAUUAUGAGGAGUAAUGGUGAAUCUCAUUUGCUGUGUUUACAAGCGAAAAGGAAAAAAACAUUACAUAAUAUACAGUUUAGUAUGUGUUUACUGAGGUUAACUCUAUAUAAACAUAAGUAGUACAGUAUUCCGAAAACAUUGAAUGGAUGACACAUUUAAACCUAAGGAUCUGAAACCUAAGCAUUUGUGUAAGGAUCUGGUACUCGGCGGAAUACUGCCAUGUGCUUGCUUCCAGAAUUCCUCUCAACUUUUUUCCCUUCUUCUGUGCUUGAUUCUACUUUAUCAACGACAGGGUCUUUUGCCUGAAGCAGAAAAGUAUAUAAAAUUCAAAAGUUUAAAAAAAUGCAUUCACAUCCAAGACCAUGAUUUCUUAAAAACCUAUAAAAGGUAGUGUGAAAAGAUUGCCUUAAAUCAACCUGAUUUACAAAAACUAAUCUGAAACUCUAUAGAUUGUGUUCAUACCAAUUCUUCUUCCGUCAUUCUCUCAAAAAAUGGGUGUUCCGUGAAAUGCGUUACCAUCCAUUCAUGAACUCCUACAACAUCUGUAAUGGUAUAGAUUGUGGCCUGCCAAAAGAAUAAAUAUAUUAUUGGAUGAAAUUCAUAACCUGAACAGAAAUAAAUAGCAUAUAGUGUUGGAAGAGAAGA